AUGUCUGCCAUCAAGCCAUCGGCCGAUACCUUGUUACAGCUAGUUAGGCUCCGUCGCAGUAUCUUCUCCCUAACGAAAGACCUUACGAUCCCUCCGAGCCGCAUCCAGGAUCUCGUCAACCAGGUCACCCUACAUACACCAUCAUCAUUCAACUCCCAGUCUAACCGCGUGCUGGUCCUCUUCGGCGCCGAGCACGACAAAUUAUGGGAUAUCACAGCGGAAAUGCUCCAGGACAUGGUCCCACGGGACAAAUGGAAGCCCACAGGCCAGAAGAUGGCUAUGUUUAAGGGUGCCGCCGGUACCAUCCUCUUCUUCAACGAUGAGGAGACGAUUCGCAGCUUGCAAGCCCAGGCUCCUUCUUAUGCGGACCGCUUCCCGGCCUGGGCCAGUCAGAGCAACGCUAUGCAGCAGUGGAUCCUGUGGACCGCCCUAGAGGUUGAGGGUUUAGGUGCCAAUCUACAGCACUAUAACCCUCUUAUUGAUGAGAAGGUAGCCGCUACUUGGGGCGUCCCUGAUUCCUGGAAACUCAAUGCACAGCUUGUCUUUGGGGGUAAAGUCAACGAGCCUGUCGAUAAGACGUUUGUACCCAUAGAGGGUCGCGUAAAGGUCGUCGGUCUUUAG